AUGAGGGCGGUAAAUUUUUGUUUCCCGUUUCGCUUCGCUGCGACAGGCACCCCCUUCCAGUACAUCGUGGCAGAGAAGAAGGGGGUGAAGCAGAAUGUGGGGCUCAUCCAGCUGAACCGGCCCCAGGCCCUCAACGCCCUCUGCGCGGGGCUCAUACGCGAGGUGAAGCAGGCGCUGGAGGCCUUCGAGAGCGACCCCCAGGUGGGCGCCAUCGUCAUCACCGGCAGUGAGAAGGCCUUCGCAGCCGGCGCUGACAUCAAGGAGAUGCAGAACAACACUUUCCAGCAGUGCUACAGCACUGGCUUCCUCGACGAGUGGGACAAGGUGUCGAAAGUCCGCAAGCCGGUCAUAGCCGCCGUGAAUGGUUUCGCGCUUGGCGGCGGGUGCGAGCUGGCCAUGAUGUGCGAUAUCAUUUACGCCGGGGAGAAGGCGCAGUUUGGCCAGCCUGAAAUCCUCCUGGGGACUAUUCCAGGAGCUGGUGGGACACAGAGACUCACUAGGGCUGUAGGGAAGUCGCUCGCAAUGGAGAUGGUCCUCACUGGGGACAGGAUCUCUGCACAGGAGGCAAAGGAAGCAGGUCUCGUCAGCAAGAUCUUCCCCGUGGACAAGUUGCUGGAAGCAGCCAUCAGCUGUGCGGAGAAGAUCGCUAGCAAUUCCAAGCUGGUGACAGCCAUUGCGAAGGAGUCUGUCAACGCAGCCUUCGAGACGACACUGACAGAGGGCAACAGGACGGAGAAGAGACUCUUCUAUGUCACCUUUGCCACCAAUGACCGGAGGGAAGGGAUGACUGCAUUCGUGGAGAAGCGCAAGGCGAAGUUCACCGACAGCUGA